AUGAAGCCCGACUGGGACAAGCUGAUGAAGGAGUACUCUGGCUCCAAGGACAUCCUCAUCGCCGACGUGGACUGCACCGCUGGAGGUAAGAGCAAGUGCGAGGAGGUUGGCGUGCGAGGGUACCCAACCAUCAAGUACGGCGAUCCGGACGACCUUCAGGACUACAAGGGUGGACGAUCCUUCGACGAUCUCUCCAAGUUCGCCAAGGGCCUUGGCCCUCAGUGCGGGCCUGGCAACAAGGACCUCUGUGAUGAUGCGAAGAAGAAGCUCAUCGACGAGUACAUGGCCCUUGCGCCCGCCAAGCGAGAGAGCAUGAUCAAGGAGAAGGAGACGGAGAUCGAGAAACUCGAGUCCGACUUCAAAACCUUCGUGGAAGGCCUCCAGAAGCAGUACCAGGAGAGCAGCGACAAGAAGGACAAGGAUGUCGAGGCCGUGAAGAGCUCCGGCCUAGGUCUGCUCAAGUCCGUCCACUCCUACAGCAAGAAGCAGAAGGGCGAGCUGUAG